UUUCAGUUCCUACAUUCAUACGAAUAUAUACCUGAUUUCCAGGAGUUGUGCUUACACCAAUCUCAGAAAGAUCCAGAAAAACCACAUCUUACAGAUCGGCACUGGAUCACUUUUUGCUCUAAAUGCUCUAUUUGGCCGACAGACUUUGUUAAUUAACUUUUAGAAGUUAAGAACUUUUUGCAAUGAAACUUACUUGGUCCGUGCUGCUGUCCAUGAUGAUAAAGAUUUUACCUGCGUCACCAGCACAUCUCCAUGGUGAUGCUCAUAACAGGACUUCACGGGAUCAGGAGUGCUACGAAGAUGAAUAUUGGCACAUGGGAAAGUGCUGCAGAACCUGUCCGGCAGGAACCAGCGUCAUCUACCCACUGCACUGUAAACCAUGCCCGUGGCGUCUGUCAGAACUGUACUCCGGGAGAACAUUUUACUGCCGCCCCCAGUGGAAUGGAGUCGUGCUUACCUUGUCUCAUCUGUAAAGAUGAUAAAGUCUUGGUACAGGAGUGCACCCCGACAGCCAAUGCAAAAUGCGAAUGCAAACCUGGAUAUUACUGUAGACCUGAUGAACCCUGUGAAAUCUGUAACCGGUGUUCAAGGUGCGGUGAAGGUCAACGCAUUAAGAAGCCGUGUACCUCAACUACAGACAUAGUUUGUGAAGACAUCUCUCCGCCAGAAUCUACCUCAACCAAAGCCAAUGUGAUAGUUCCGAUGCAAACCAGUUCAUUCAAUGACACAACUGGACACAGGACAAUGUCAACUGACCCCCCGGAUGACCCAUCAGGAUAUAAAUCAGUUGCAUUUAUAGCAGUACCAGUGGUGGCUACUAUCCUCGCCAUCAUCAUCCUCCUCCUCAUUGUUCGUCACAAAAGAAAAGUGAAAGAUAAACCUAAAGACAAUAUUGAGAACUCUCUCAUUGGCGGCACUAAGAAUAACAGUACAAACACUUCAUCAGACUCCAUCCACACUGAAGGCAAGAACUGCAGAGAAGAGGAACUCCCAGAAUGCCAGAGGCUCAUGAUUACCGAACACAGGAACGUUGAAAUCGCGAUGAACGUGAGGGCGGCCCCCUAUGUAAAUGGAGCUGAGACAGAACCUGGGGAGAGCAGUGUUGUAGAGUCUCUAGGGAGCGAUGUGGAGUGUGAAGGAAGCUCAAAGCUGGGGGACAGAGUGUGAAGAAUGUAAAAAGCCGCAGCCAUGUGAUAAACAGUGGUCGCUGUUUCACUACACUGUCAUUGACAACGUCCAACCGCAGUACAUUGUGCAGCUGGCCCGAAGGCUGUGCCACCAUAAAGCUACCAUAGAUCAAAUAAUAAAGAAUAAUCCCAACGACUGUACAGAACAAAACUAUCAGUUACUCAGUCAUUGGAGGGAUGAAAAGGGUGAACAGGCCUCUAUGAGAGCCUUGCUUAAAGAGUUGACGGAAAUGGACCUAGGGGGGUGCUGCCAAAAUAUUGAGAAUAGCUUGAAAACUCAAAAAAUACCAAUUAAUUAGUACAACUAAGAAGUUUAUUUUUCUGGCUUCAUAAAAUUGGACCUGAAACCCCCAAUGUUACUUGGAAUGACUUGA